AAGUAAUCGCGAGACAUCGAAGGAUUCAUCUUCAUCUUCAUCACCGCACACGCCUUUACACUUCCCCAGUCAUUCUCGAUUCCCUUCCUUCCCGCCAUUCCUUCAUCCAGGUCGAGCAAGUAGCCAGAGCAGGCAUGGCGGAGAAGGCGAACCCCGCGGACGACGCGAGGAGGAGGUGCCUCUGCCUCGCCGAUGCGAUCGGCCGGUUGCCGCCGUCGCUGCUCGCCGGCUCUUGCAAGCGCACGCUCCUCAAGCUGGCCGAGUCCGAGCUCUCUUUCCUCUCCCGACGCGCCUCUUCUUCUUCUCCGUCUUCGGAUUCGCCUCUCAGUGUUAAUAUCGGACACCUCGAAGCUGUUGUUCACAUUCUCCGGCAUCUUCCGGUCACGGGAGUUUCGCGCGUUUGCAAGCCUGUCCCUCUGUUGCCCGCGAGCGGCAAGGUGCGGAGAACUGAUGUUGGUUCGAAGUUCGCUCAUGUCGAUGUCGUGUGCACGCUGAAAGGAAACCCGGUUUGGGUCGUUGUGUCCGAUAGGAACCCAAGCUAUGUAUCCUGGCACGAUGGCCGUAGAGGCAAGGGAUUGAGAUUGAGAAUUCAGCAAGUUGUCGCUGCUGCUCAGUUCUCACGGACGCUGAGGCCUUCGUCGAUUAUUCUUUUCUUUUCACGUGGUGUGACCGACUCCAUUCUCAAGAAGAUUGUCGACGAAUUUGGGGCCAUUAAGUAUAAAAUGGAAGCUGACUUCCCCCUUUCCAUUGUUGGUUUUUUGGAGGAAAUGGAAGGUGAGUGGAUAAAUAUAAUUGCAAGGUCUUACCAAGAAUCAGUUGCGCUAGAAAUAAAGGUGGAUAGUUUUGAGAAACCGGCUCGAGAUCCAGAAUGGGGAGCUGGAGAAUCAAUUCUGGGUGCUGGAGAGGCAGAGAAUCCGGAGGGAAAUGUGAACCUGAAUUGUCCUGCUACCUUUGACACUCUAAUUUCUGGCUUGAGACCUCCCAUGAAAGGGAAAUAUAUGGCUUCUGCUAAAACAAGAGAGGUACUAAGUGGAGGUGAUCUCAUUAAUUUUGAUACGACAGCUCUAAUUGCUCUUGUAUCAGACAUUAGUAAUGGUGGUGCGGAGAAACUUUUGAAUGCGGCAGAAAGUGAGUUGAGGCAGCGGUUCAAAGGCAACUUGCCUUUUGUGAUUGCACAGGCAAACUCCGAGAUUCAGAAACCAAUCCUUCCAGAUCUGGGUGCAGUAAUUUGUGGAAAGAAUGGUGUGAUAUGUGAAAGUGUUCUUUCAGAGUUCAAAGAGUUAAUAGCAAUGUAUGGAGGGACCAAGGAGAAGCUAAGAGCAGAUCAGAUACUAAAAUGGCUUACUGUUGUUCCCGAUAAUCCUUCAGAUCGCAUGAUCGGCCUUCUAACCACCAGAAAGCUUGCUCUAAAAAACAAGGUCGUUUUUGGCACUGGAGAUUACUGGCAUGCGCCGACCUUAACUGCAAAUAUGGCUUUUGUUAGAGCAGUUUCUCAGACCGGGAUGUCUCUCCAUACGAUUGAGCAUAGACCGCGUGCUUUGACUGGAAAUUAGCUACAAUUUUUUUUUCUGAAAGUGGCUCGACAUGUAUUUGCGAGUGGACUUCAAGGUACCAUGUAUGCUUCUCAAAAUGUUCGAUUCCUUGUACGUGCGCGCGGAGAGGGAGGGAGGGAGGGAGGGAGGAAGUCAUCUGACAAAUCAUAGUUUCCGACAAUCUGUAUUAAAUGAACCUUCUCUGUCUACAGAAUACAAGAAAUUGAGUCUACAAAAGAAACUGAAGAAAAAAGAAGUAACUAUGACAAUUAUACAAUUUAAAGCUUCAUCCCAAACCUACAUGUACUUGCUUUGAUGCUGAUCAUGCUAUUGGUACUCAAGCUGUCCACCACCAAGGAACAUCUGCCCAAGAUUCUAACCUUCCUCAACUUCAUUGUGCCUAGCUCAACUGACACCGGUGCAUCAACUUUUAGAUCAAGAGGGAUUUCUCCUGUUUGCUGCUGCUGCUGCAGUGCUGUCAUUAUGGUGCUCCCAGACUCACUUUGGCCAGUCAAGGGUCAGGUCGAAAUUGAGCCUCAAAGCACUUAUUUGAAGGCGGUCAACCGAAUACUGUGGAAGUUUUGGUUGGAAGACAAAGUAAAUAACUGCUGCGACUAUUCCAAUGAGGAUCAGUAUGAGGAGGAGGAGGCUAAUGAUCCAGCACAAGAACCUGCAGCAACAGCCUUUUCGUUUCCUUGGCUUCGGGGGAAUCACGGGUCUGCCACCUUGCAAUGGAAAAGCUCGGUGAACCUGGGUUCCUUUUGCUGAAACAGAAGAGCUCGGCGGCGCUGAAGGUGCCGUGGCGCUCGUUGCAGCCGGAACCACUGGAUGAAUUCUCUGGUUAUCUGCCAUUGCUUCUGGUAUAGCAAACUUAACCUGACGAUGCAUUCCGGAAAUUCCUGCUGAUUGUAUAAGCACCUUCGGUACCUAGACAAGUUUCUUGAUGAGAUGAGAUGGUUGAUGUGUUCCUCA